UUCCGGUAGAUUGAAAAAUCAUAUCAGGUUUCUYUAAUUUCCUUGACUUUUUAAUGCCGAAAAACUCCUUAUUGCUGGCUCUUUUGAAGCUCUACAGGCUUACAGAGGGAAUGGAUAAAAACUAGGUUGAUAAAAGAGACCGAAGUUGAUAAAUACUUCAGAUAAAAGCUGUGCAAGAACGUGAAUAUUCACAAAACCUGAUCAUUACAUCAUAGAUCAUUGACUUUUUCCACAACGGAAAUACAAUAUAUCAGAAAAUCUUCGAGAACUAUUAAUAUACUUUAGAUUUAAUAAAUGGUAAAAACCAUGAACUGCCAUCAAAAGAGGUCAGAUUCUGUCUGGGAAUUUUCAUAUCAAGACUUGUGGUUGGCAAAAUGAAUAUUGGAAGUCAGCAUGUUUUAAGGAUUUUUCCAGGUCUCUUAAGUCCCACAGUACAAUCUACGGCCAUCUCCGUUGGAGAGUUYGUGACUUCGCAAGAAGCCAUCCAAGUUUGCCUCUCCAAGCUUUCUAUAAGUGAAUGCUCRGAGAAUUUUGAACUGGUUGAAGUCUGCUAUCGAAAUAGUGUAUUGGAGCAUGAAUCAGAAAAGGUUUUACAGGAUUCYGAUUUUCCAAUUCAGUUAAUAAAAGAUUGGGAGAAUCUUACACCAUCUGCAAGAACAUCAUAUAGAUUGUUUAUCAGAGAAAAGAAGCCRCCAGAUUCUGUGGAAAGUAAGGUAGAACCACUACGGCAAAAUUGGAUGGACUGUCACGAAAGUAUCAGAACGAUGCCGAAUUUUCAAUUUGAUUUAGAAUCAAGGCUUGAUGAUGAUGAUUUGUGUGAACUGCCAAAUCUGGAUGAAGGGAUGCUUCUCAAGCACUUGCAAGAAAGAUUUGAGGAAGGACGAAUUUACACUUAYGUAGGAGAAAUUCUCCUGUCAGUCAAUCCAUUUCGGUUUUUCCCCAUAUAUAACCCUAAAUUCAUUACRGCAUACAAUAACAAAAAUCUUGGUACAUUGCCACCUCAUAUUUUUGCUAUCGCCGAUAUUUCAUUUCAUCGUAUGUUGAAAGAAAAAAAGAACCAAUGUAUUGUAAUCAGUGGAGAAAGUGGUUCAGGGAARACAGAGAGUACUAAACUUAUUGUGCAUCAUCUGACUGCAUUGAGUCGGAAGUCGCAAGCUACUACAAUCGAGAAAACUGUCCUAGGGGUUGGUCCUGUCUUGGAGUGCUGAACUAAGGAAAUAUUUACUUGAGAAAUCAAGGAUUGUUUCUCAAGCUCCCGAAGAAAGAAAUUAUCAUGUGUUUUAUUAUCUAUUGGCUGGAGCACCACCAGAGCUUAAGGAAGCACUGUACCUCACAGAUCCCCAGGAUUAUUACUAUCUUAACCAGAGUAAAUGUUAUACCAUAGAAGGAAUAGAUGAGUGUUAUGAGUACCUGCGUCUCAAGCARUCAAUGGACAUGGUUGGGUUCAGCACUGAUGUACAAGAGAGGAUAUUCAAAGCAUUGUCAGCAGUGCUUCACAUUGGUAACAUUCGAUUUGUCCAAAAACCAGGAGAUGAGGAGACUGUUGAAGUCCAGAACAUACAUAUAUUGAAGAUUAUUUCWGAUCUUCUGAUGGUAACAGAAGAGAAGUUGAUAGAUGUCCUGACGACAAGAAAACAAGUCACAAGAGGAGAGCAGUUCAUCGUACCAUACAAGUAUCAAGAGGCCUUAGCAACAAGGGAUGCUAUGGCUAAAGCUCUCUACGGUGCAUUAUUUGACUGGAUUGUACUGCAAGUCAACCAUGUGUUGGUGAUUAAACAGCAACGUCACAAAGAGUGGUGUUCCAUUGGUGUUUUAGAUAUCUUUGGAUUUGAGGAUUUUCUGUACAACAGCUUUGAGCAGUUGUGCAUUAAUUUUGCCAAUGAGAAGUUGCAGUACUACUUCAACCAACAUAUUUUUAGGCUGGAACAAGAUGAAUACAACAGUGAAGGCAUCCUUUGGAGGAAUGUUGAGUUUGUUGAUAACUAUGGCUGUAUAGAGUUGAUCUCUGGUCGUCCUACAGGAAUCAUGCCUCURAUUGAUGAGGAGAGCAGUUUUCCUGGUGCAACCAAGUUCUCUCUCCUCAACAAGAUAAACAAGACUCAUUCAGCGAACCAAUACUAUGAGCUCUCACUCAUAAAUCCUUCAUUCAUGGUCAAGCACUACGCAGGGAAUGUUGAAUAUCAGAUUACUGGCUUUCUAGACAAGAACAGAGAUUUAAUGAGACCAGAUAUACUCAGCAUACUAAAGAGCAGUAAUCUAAAGUUCAUCCGGGAACUYAUUGGUGCUGACCCAAUGGCGGUAUAUCGCUGGUCAGUUCUGAGGGCAUUCUUCAAGGCUGUACAUGCCUUCAUUGUGUCUGGGAGAAUGUUCAGAACAAAUGGAAAAGCAAGCGAGAGAACAGCAGCUCGAAGAAGGAAGGCUUCUUCCAAAUCAUUCAGGAUGAAGUUACUUAAUGAAGAAGAACAGACCAUUCCUUAUGGCGAAUCAGCGUCUCUCUUCAGGAAAGCUUCCAAAGUCAUACGGAGAAUACAAAGUAACAAGUCAGCAUCUCCUUCAAAGAACUUCGUGUCCAAGAUUCGUCAAGGCCUGGAGACCAAACGUGAUAUGUCAAUGCGCACGUAUGACUAUAUGUACAAGACCCAGCGAGGUAAAGCAGCACCCAAGAACCCUCCUACAGUCAGCGCUCAGUUCCAGUCGUCGUUGAACCGCUUGAUGGAGAUUCUCGGCGAGGCUCAGCCGUUCUUUGUGAGGUGUAUCCGGUCUAACGCUGAAAAGGCGCCUCUGAAGUUCGACUGUGACGUAGUGCAGCGCCAGCUACGCUACACCGGGAUGCUGGAGACUGUGAGGAUAAGAAGACUGGGAUACCAAUGGAGGUUCCACUUAGACGAGUUCGUCAAGCGCUAUAGUUUAUUAUUCCCCCAUGUUAUCAACGAUCCCAAGAAAGAGAUUGCUUCUGUACUAAAAUCCUUGAAACUGGACCCUAAUGAGUACCAGAUAGGAACAUCUAAGAUCUUCCUAAGGGAGAGUCAGCAUAGAAUCCUUCAGGACAAUCUACAUCAGGUGUUUAUUGGUAAAGUCUGCACCAUACAACGAUGGACAAGAGGAGUCCUACAAAGGAAACAUUUCGUCAGACAGAGAAGUGCUGCCAUCACCAUACAGGCCCAUGUACGUGGACACCUGGUACGAGCCGAUUUGUCUCACCGGGUGUACUCAGCUACCAAGGUACAGGCGGUGUGGAGAGGAUACCACGCACAGGUCACCUACAGAAGGACCGUCAAGAUGAUUUUGAUACAGACGUACGUGCGUGGAUACCUCGCGCGUAAGAGGAUUGGUGAUAUCGAUUCUCGUCGGCUCGUUCGUUCCAUCAGUGAUCCUUCUGAUUACGACAAGCUGAAAAAGACAAUCAUGGAAGAUAUCAAGGUGCCUCCACCAAAAACACCCACUUUAAAGAUAACAACCGAAGAUGAACACCUCGAACCCAAUGAUUUUGUAGCUUCACGAGUUAAAGAUUUGUCGAAGAGGUUUGAGCGCGAGUUGGUUCUUUUCAGUCCAGAGGAUAUACGAAGAAGAACGGCUUCAGAUCCCGCAGCCCAGCGUCGUGUACGGUCGCUUCCCCGCCCUACUCCCCUAACGAUCAAAACAGAACGCGCAGAUGAAGAGAAGUCUGAAGUACCGGAUGUCGUCAAACUGAACACGGUCUACUCUCCUACUCAGCUGAUGGAAUUGAACACUUCUACGGUUGAUAUUUCCUGUACUGCGUUCCCGCGUCGUAUGACCUCGAGGAUACGACGAAGCUUAUCGACCAAGUCAAAAACCAAACUUGGUCAGCGGAUGAGCACAUCAGAUAUCCCGGAUGAGCGACCGCUGACCCAGUAUUCAAUGGACGAUGAUAUACUCGCAGACCUGAAGCAAGGAUCGACGUCGACGGAGACGUUACCGAGUUUGACGUCACUGUCAUCGUCUUCGGGCGAUGUUCGGAAGUCGAAGGGUCGGAGUUUAUUCCGGCGGAAAAAUCGGAAUUCUUUUCGACGGAAAUCAGAGCCUGGACUGGCGAAGAAUAGCGUGAAGAAACAAGAAAAACACGAAAAAAGCGAGAAAAACGAGAUUAAACAAUCGAGAUCCACUGAAGAUUUGCUGAACGCUCUAAAGCAGACCAAGAUAGUCAGUACGAUCUCUAAGUCUGCCAUCACAUCCAAUAAACAACUAAAACCAACAGACAAGAAAGUCGCUCGUGGAGCAGCUGAUCUGGGCGCGCUAGAAUCUUUCCUUACUCACAAGAUAAGUCUAAUGAAUCAAGAACAAAAUAUCCGGGAUACUAUCGUGGACCGGGUAUUCAAGAAGGCGUUGCACGAGUUCCAUACUUUUCUAAUCUCGGAACGCUCUCUAAUAAUCAAUCAUGGAAAGAAUGUCAGUUUAAAAUACGAAGAGAUGACAAGCAAAUUCGAAACAAUCCUGGGGAAAAUUAUCAAAACGGAGCGGAUUGAUGUGACCUUCCCUGUCAUUAUGGGCGUUAAUGCAUUCAACGGCGUUUUAGAUGAAUACUUUGAUACAAGGGCCCAGGCGCUUGUAAAAGCAGAGAAAAGUAGAGCCCCAAAACAAAACUUAAAGAAAAGAAAAAGGAAAUCCGAUGUUGUGGUUCAUAAUAACCACAAAUUCGCUGUGGCGCAGUUCAGUAUUCCCACAUUCUGUGAACAUUGUAACUCACUGAUAUGGGUACUAGAGAAAGGCAUGGUUUGCCAAGAUUGUCGAUUUACGUGUCAUAAGAAAUGUCAUCUCAAAUCCACUCUAUUCUGCGUACGAAAUACCCAAAAGACCAAAAUGAACUCCAAGAGAAAUUCCGUGUUUGGUGGCGAACUGAGUGAGAUGACAUCUGAAGAAUGUCUGAUACCGAUAGUGGUUGAAAAGAUGGUCCAGGAUAUUGAAUUCAGAGGGUUGUAUGCUGAAGGUAUCUACAGAAAGUCACCUAACGCUGCCACAGUGAGAGCKUUGAAAAAUGCAAUCGUUUCAAAUGGAAUAGAAGAGGUAGAUCUCACAGCCUACUCAGUACACGUGGUCGCGUCUGUGCUCAAACUCUUCUUCAGACAACUCGCCAGUCCUGUCUUCACAGAUAGUGUUUAUUAUGAGUUUAUAAGAUGUUCUGAGCUAAGCGAUGAAAAAGUACAGCUUGAGACACUUUGCGCUUUAGUAGAAAAGCUUCCCCGAGUCAAUAAAGAGAUGUUCGAGAGACUGAUCUUCCACUUAGCCAGGAUCGCCGAUAACGAAGAAAGCAAUCUGAUGCAUCCUAACGCUUUAUCGAUCAUCUGGGCACCUUGUAUCAUGAGGACCCCUUCCAGCCUAGGACCCUUAGAAAGCCUACAACACGUCCCUAAACAAACACAGUGUCUUGAAACGUUAAUCGUGAGUCAAGUGAUGAAGAUUCGUUCAACUCUAAGCGACAUUCGCGUGCUGGACAAAGCAGCAGACACGACCACCAAACGCCUCUCGAUGCUCAACCUACACGAAGAGGAGGAAGACCUCGUGGAACAAGAUUUGACAGAAGGAAAUGAAGUCAAAAGCUUACUGACUCAACAACUUGAGGCGUUGCAGCAACAAAGGGAUGUACUAACAGUAAACCUAACACAACUGAAACCCAAGCGACACAAAGAAGCCGGCGACAGUGGCGAAGAUGCAGCAAGUGACGACAAUAUCACCGAUGAUGAACUCGACCUAGAACCGCUAGAAAACAACGAGGAGUGUGCCGUAACCUUCGAACUACCCGCUGCUCCAGCGGCCUUGAAUCACCUGACGAAACGCCGAGCACAGUUACAAGCAAACAAACGAUUACCAACCAGAUCUAAACUACGGUAAAAUCCCUGGUAACCAUAGUAAUGAAAUCUUGAUUGACAGGCUGAAUUGAUUAUACACGUGGUCACGUGUCUGUCACCGGAUUUCAAUUCGUGAGAGACUAUGAACAACGCUAUAAUUUUGCAUGCGUCCCCAAAUAAUCGUCAAAAACUAGAAAACUAAAAUAACUUUUACAUCAUUCUUUUUUCAUCCAAAAGAGAUUCUUAAAUAAUUUUGGAUACAUAAAUCACAAUAGCUUUCCUAGAUGGGUGAGAAAUCAUUGCUGCCAGACCUGCACAGUCGGGCGAGAGGGCAUGGAACCUACAUGAUUUUUUUUUGUUGAGGGGGAAUUGCGAGUAAAACUGUCUUUUUUUUUUUGAAUAUCCUAUGUUAAAGAUUUUUUAUCAAAUUUACUUUGUAUUAUACUGAAAUAUUAAGAUUAUUAUUAUUAUGAUCCUAGAGAAAGCUCAUAUAACGUGAUAUUUCAAGAUGUCUCAUGAACGUUGAAUGAAUUCUAGGUGUUAGGGUUCUUUUACGAAAGGCGUUCCUGGGAAAGAAAGAGGGGGAAUGAGUACCAAUAGCGCAUGUGAGCAGUUUUCAAAUACAAGUUAAUAGUUUUAUUUUUAAAUUAUCAACAAUAAUAUCAUUUUAAAAUUUUUGAAAAAUCAUGUAUUUGAAUUUGAAUUUUGUGUAAAAAGAAAUGUAAUAUUCAGUUUGAUUUUCCUUUGGAUUAUCUUAAAGCCUUAAAGUGCGUAAAAAGACCACGGUACAAAUUUAUUAGAUUUUUAAUUUCGGCAAAAAGACGACAUUUUUGCAUAUUUUUCCAAGAGGGAAAAAAAUCAUGGAAUAUUCGCUCUGAGGUGUCGCCAUUUUGAAAUGGGUAACCAAGCUUUCAUAUAGUAUAGACCAUAUAUGGGCUUGUUACUCCGGCUAUUGUAGUAUACGGCUUUACGGCCAUAGGGACUUGUUACCCCGACUAUAGACCCCUUGUGUGUGACGUUAAAGUAGGUUAAUUGGAGGGGAAAAACAAAAGAAUUUUCAAUCUCCUGAGAAUUGGAAAUCUAUUUGUUUAUCCUCCAAAUUGAGCUGCAUUCCGACGUGCUGCAAGGGGUCUGUUUUACUAUACGCCUAUACGACCAUAGUAUAAGUGGCCUACUAUAGUGUCUGCCUGCCAUAGGGUCAUAUGGUCAUACGCAGGGGCGGAUCCAGGAAUUUAUUCAGGGAGGGGUGCUGCGCACAACGUUAGCCCAGGGAGGGGUGCACCCYUUAGAAUCAAAGGGAAAAAACAUUAUUUUGUAUUGGUUAUCUAAGAAGUAGGGGCACAAAGUCGAACCAGGGAGGGUUGCGCACCCCCAGCACCCCUCCCCUGGAUCCGCCACUGAUACGCCCUGCAGUAACCCGACUAUACGACAUUCCAAAUCCAAUAGUUUUUGAUAACUUUUUAAUAAUAUAUCUUAUCAUCCAGAAAAUACUUAUUUAAUGAUAGAGCAUAAUAUCUUUAUUAAUCUAAAAACAUACAUUUUUAUCCUUGAUUAUUUUGUAGAGAAAAAGUAGUUUUUCAUUUUAAAAAGUGCUUCAAUUUUAGCACCAAAAUAAUAAUGGUUAAACGCAAAGCGAAAGAAAACAUUUUAUCAUACAUUGACGUUGUUGGUGCUAAUGUAGUUGUAAUAAAAUUACCUCGAUAUGGA